GGACAGAGCGAUGCCUGUGACAACUUCCGCUGGGAGCCUGCGGAGGAUGCCAAUUUGUACUUGCCCAACUCGAAGAUCACUUGCAAUCAGAACCAACUGAAAUUUGAGGUGCGCGAACCGAAGAACGUGCCGGAGCUGCGCGUGAUGAUGUUCCGCUUGGACUCGCGGAAUCCGGCGAAGACGCCACAUGUGAUGCUGAAUCUUUGGAGCAUCACUCAUACCUCCAAUGCUGUGAUCAUGAGCACCGAGGCCAUUGCAAGCUGGGAGGUGGUGCCUCAGUUGGCGAACGUGCGGGUGAUGCUGGUGGGGCAGCAGAAAGCCGAGAACUCCAUCUCUAACAUGGCGGUCUCCUUCCGCCCUGUUUCGGAUGCGGAUGAGUUGACGUUGGAGGCGCUGCAGCCCACCGGUUUUGACUUCACCGGAGCUACAGCCAUUUCUUUGGGUCAUGAGGUGAUCGCCACAAGCGCAGAGACCAUCCGCAUUCGAGCGUCCAUGUAUGCGGAGAUCAACGUGGACAUCGUGGUGGCCAACUUCAGGUUGGGUUUGAUCGGUGGCGCCACGCUCUUCAAUUUGAUCACCAAGCUGAACAACGGGGACCAGAUGGACGAGGCCCUUCAGUUCCGCUCCGGCUUCCACCUGCCCGGCCGCGUUGCGGUGAAUGGCAAGCAGAUUAGCAGCGAGUACAAGUUGAUGUCGGAGCUCUAUCCAGUGCCGUCUCUUUGGGAGGUGAGAAUGGGAGAAAAUGCCUUGGUCGAGAUGCCCUUCACGGUGACCAUCAACACGGGCUUGGGCGACAUCAUGCGCGUGCGAGCUCCGCCCUAUGAUCUCAAGGGCCAGGACUUCCGAAUCAUCCAGAGCGGUACCGCUGAGAUCAUCACCUCGGAGGUGGUGAGUGCAGCAAGCGGGGAGCUCGUGGCGCGCUUGAGCACCCAGAUCUUCCGCAAUGUCUUGUACGAGGUACAAGUGAAGGUCUUAACUCCAAAGGUGCCCAAUCCCACAGAUGCCAUGUGGAGCAUCGAGCCUGUGGUGGCCAUGGUCGCGUUGGCCGCGUUGGCCACGUUGGCCACGUUGGCCUUGCUGCCGUGUGUGGCAUCGCAGAUCGUGCUCAACGCCUCGGUCCGGGGACUGGGCGAUGCUCAGUUUGGUCAAGGCGGAUGUUCGCAGAAGUUCAACAUGGUCGAAAUCCAGGAGAUGAAGGAGGUGAGUGACCCACAGAAAUGGGUGGAUGCGCACAACUACUACAGGCGCUGCCACGGUGCCCCAGAGCUGCGUUGGGCUCCGGAGCUCUUGGUGACCGCCAGCGCUUGGGUGCACCAGCUGUUAGCGCACUGCGCGACGGGGCAGGACUUAGAGGCUUGGGCAGCAGCAGGAGCGACUCUGGGCCGUCCCCAUGACCCCAAUCUCUUCACCACUGAGAAGCCCCAACAGGCCGAAAACUUGGAUUGCAGGCAGUACGAUUCCAUUCACGAUCCUGAAGCUGCUUCAGUGGAAGCAUGGUACCGCGAGGUGUCCGCAUGCCCCAAAGCUGGUUGGGUGGAUGGCUGCGGCGGGAAGUUGAAUCAUUACACCGCCUUGAUUUGGCGCGACGCGCGGCGCGUGGCUUGCUACGUCGCCCUCCGCGGUGACAUGCGCGUGGUCAGCUGUCGCUUCGCGGCGGAGGGUGACGACACCACGGGGUGCCAGGUGCCGAAUACCGUGGGGCCGCCAGGCAGUGAGGGGUGCCAGUUGGGCGCAGGGGUGGCAGACCAUCUGCCCGAAGUGCCCAGAUUGAAGAAGGAUUGCCCUGCCAUCUCCGCCGCCUUUCCAAGCCCUUCGCGGCCCGCCGCGCCCGUCAAACAGCCGGCACAAGCGCCGCUUGGCGCGCCACAAGCCGCAGCACAUGGAGCGGGGCUGGGAUGCGUGGACAAUGCGUGCAUGGUGAGUUGCAUUCCGCGCGGCCGCUUGGGCGCCUGCGAGCGCUGUCUCCAUUCAGAGCAAUGUUCAACUGGCAUGUAUUGCUGUCCUUUCAUGAAGAAGUGCGUUGCAAGCGGGAAACAGCAAUGCAUGACACCCAUCGCUUUCUGUCAGCCUCCCUGCAUGGAUGACCAGCCUUUGUCUGAGUGCAAGUGCAAUCCCAAGGGAUCUCCAGAUCUCUUCCCAGAGGGCUGGCAGAAAGCCACCUGUGCAGCCGGUCAGAGUCCCGUGGCCGUGACGACGACGCCCAAACCCAGCUCGCCACCUGCGAAGUUGAUCUUCACGGGAAUUAAGGAUGUGAAGCAAUGGAAUUCCAUCAGUGAGCAGAUCGGCAAACACAUGCAAGGUUGGAAAGCCACCAGAAUGUGCGCCAGCAUCGAGGCCACCACUCCAUCUCCGGAGCAACAGGACGUGUUUUUGUCUGCCAAAGGUGUCUUUGUGUUUCAGUUCAGCGACAUGUCGACCUUGAACGCACAGUUGGCACAACUGGAUGGGAUCACGCCAAGCUUCCAAGUAAUCAGUCAAAAAGAGGUGGAUCAGGUUUGCGCCAACAACCAACGCUUGUUCAGCACCAAUGUGGCACCCAUCGCAAGUGACGGAACGCGUUUCGGAGCUGCGCUACCGCGGGUGCCAACGGGGCCUGGGUUAACCCUUCGCUCAUCCCAUCUCCUCCUUGUUCAAGCCAUGUCGCGAAGAUCUGGCUCUGGAUAUGCUGGCUACGGCUCAUUUGGUCGUGGUGGAAACGGUGGAGGAAGUCAGUGGGGAGGGCAGCGAUCGGGCCCCAACAUGGCACACAACCCUUAUGUGGUGCAGAUGCCGAAGUUCCUGGAGCCCAUUGCAGAAGGUCCUGAGCCGGAGGAUCAAUCGAUGAUCGUCGUCGACUGCCGUGACGAUCGCAUGGUCUCGCCUUUCCAAACUUGGUUAGUGUCUGAGAUCAUGGCAAACGCUGCCAGCUCGAUCAACGUGCUCACGGAGAGAGACCAGGUCAUGCCUCCCAACUCAGGCUUCCAUCUGGCUCUUUUUGGAAACUACACGUUGGACGGCAUCAAGGUCGUGGUGGCGAUCUCGAUCGAGUCGUUCACGGGGAACACUUGCGGUGGAUGGGACGCCAGCACUGCCCGUGCACUGUCCCAUCCCGCAUUCCAGCCUUUCAGCUGGCCUAUGCUCCGCGAUACGUCUGCCUCCUACAUGGAUGUCAAGAUCUACAAUGGGAACGAGAUCUUGUUCCACUGGAUCUUCAGGGGGUUCAGAUCUGACACCGACCUCACGGUUCAGCAGCAGUUCGUGGACGAGUUCUUUGUCCGCGAAGCCAGCAAAGGUCAGCCUAGGCUUUCAGUUGUGGUCGCAGUGUUCAUGGGCUGGAGAGUCUCAGUUCUGAGCUUUGAGUGUGGCGGUCGAACUUAUUCGAUCGGACCACAGGGCUCAGUGGUAGCUGGCGACUCAGCUCGUUCGAGAUUUGAGUUGAGGGUGUGUUCACGGUCCUCAGAUGACGCGGUUGGGAAUGAUGCCGAUCGCAUUGAGAUGAGGUUCCGGGACGCCAACAACCGCAUCGAUCUGAAGUGCUCUCGCACGUCGGUUCCCGGCACUUGGCUCACUGUCUCCCACAUCUCGGGGCCAACUUUGAUCCAAACCAUCAAGUCGGUCCGCGAGAACAAGGCGAGGGUCGAGGGGCCGGAGCAGACUGAGCAGUUCGCCCAGCUCGCGGCCGUGCAUGAGAACUGGUGGAAGAGCUCAGUUGCCAGUGGUGAAGACGAUGUCGGUGUCAAGGUCGCCUUCGUCGAUCACCUGGAACCUGGAGGUAAAUUUCACAGCCACAGUGAGUGA